UCUUUUGGUCCCACAAGGAAACUUGAUUCAAUGCUGCGUGAUCCCUGUAACACAGAGAAAAUGAACAAAGAAUUGGGCCUGACACUGUCCCUGGUGCUGCUUUUCUGUCACAAAGGCAACACAGAGUCACACACCUCUUGUCCGUACAAAUGCCAGUGUUUCACUUCGGUCCAAGUACUGUGUGCAGACGAACGGAUGAUAUCUUUGCCCAGAAACAUGUCCAAGCAGGUGAAGGACUUUAUUAUAAUGACAUCAGCUGUGGCAUACCUGCUCCCUCACACUUUAGAGGAGAGCCCCCAACUCACCAAGAUUGUCUUCUUAAACAAUGCACUGCGAAGUAUUCACGCUCAGGCUUUUGAUCAUCUGACUGAGCUGCACGAGCUGGAGAUUAGUGGGAACCCCUGGCUGGAACAUUUGUUUCUGGGGACUUUUUCAAAGCAGAGAAACUUGACUAAACUGCUGCUCAACUUCAACAGGUUCAAGGCGAUUCUUCCUGGCAUGUUUGACUCCCUGAAACAACUAGAAACUUUGCAGAUGAAGGGAAACAUCAUAUCAGAUCUGCCGACAUUUCUUUUUCUGAAUCUCCACAACCUUCGUGUCCUGGACUUGUCCCAGAAUAAACUUGAAGGAGUGAAAAGAGAGACAUUUUCUGGUCUGGCUAGGCUGGAGAUCCUGAAAAUUAACAACAACCUCAUUAGCAAUCUUACAUCUGACACAUUCCACAAUAUUUCUCAGCUGAGGGAGCUUCACCUGGAGUGGAAUAAGAUAUCAGAGCUGGCUGAGGGCACCUUCUCUGCGUUAACUGAGCUGGAGGUGCUAAACCUCAGAGGAAACCAUCUUACAGCCUUCAGCGAUAAAGUGUUUGGAUUCAAUGCCUCAAAUUUGAGGGAGCUGAACCUUAAAGGCAACAGGCUGACUGAGCUGUCCUCUCUGAGUGAUUUGACAUCUCUUUCCGACAUCAUCUUGUCGUCUAACCAGCUCUCUAAACUUCCUGAAGACAUUUUUAGAAAUAUCACACUGCUGGAGAAUCUGGAUCUCUCUGAAAACCAGCUCACAUUUCUGCCUGAAAGAAUCUUCAGCAAUCUAUUUGGUAUUAAAGCGAUCCACCUCAACAGGAACAAUCUGAGAAAGGUGGAGCCCAAACUGUUUGAAGACCAAACAUUCAUUCAGCAGCUCUACUUGUCUGACAACCAGCUGGAAACUCUUCCACUGGGCCUUUUAGACCCUUUCGCCAUCCAGCACACAGUGAGGCUGCAUGGAAACCCCUGGAGAUGCGACUGCCACAUGUGGUACCUUCAUGACUGGGUGCUGAGAAACAGCCUCGACGUAGAGAUGCUGGACAGGAUGCUCUGCGAGAGCCCUAACUAUUUGAGAAAACAAACAGUCGCCUCCAUCGACAAGGACCAGCUGGUGUGUCAGGUGUCUAAAGACGAGAUGCCGGAUCUCAGCAGCUGUAGCCUCCAAACAUCCAGUGAUACCAUGAUCAUCAAAUGUAAAGUGGAUAAAUGUUCUCCACUGACUAUGAAGGUGCAGUUUCAGGAUCAUGAUGGAAACAUUCAGGAGCAUAUUUUGAAAAAUGAGCAUUCUCAGUGUAGCAAUGAGAACCCCAAUCAGUAAUUCUCCCUGUUUAUUAGAUUUUGUUCUAUGUGCAAAUAUAUCCUCAUCAGACCAAGAGUCACAUUAUUAUAUGUUCUGACUGUCAGAGUCAGUACUGUAAACAAAUCUCUAACUCAGCAGCUGAUAACCAGUACACAUAAAGGCUGGUGAAUGAUAAGAGGGGUGGAUGAACCCUUUUCUGGUAAAGUUCAAAGUUCAAUCCAGUACUUUUAAGAUCCUGUCACUGCUAAAAGGAACCACGAGGAACAUGUUAAUCAUCUGCUAACAUGUGUUUAAUGACUGUGGUGUGUUCGAUCUCCAGUAGCCUCUGGUUCUCCUCUUUCUGUAGUUGCCUACACUAGCAGCGUUUGAGCGUCUUCAGUAUGAAUGUUUCAAUAUGUCCAUUUACAGACUAUGUAUUUUGCAAUUUGAACAAACUAGAACAACUGUUAGACAUGUCAAUAAAAAUUGACAUUUCAAUUUAACACUUAAAAAAAAGGCUUCUUUUGUAGGUAAAAUCAUGAUCUGCAAAAGAACCUGUUUAUAUAGUUGUCAUACAAGUCUAUUAGAGUAAAAGGUAUAAUAUCUCCUCGUGAAAUCUGGUGAAAUAGAAGUAUAAAGCAGCAUAAAAUUGAACUUAAUUUUAGAUUUUGAGUAAAUUUACAUAGUUACAUGUCAUCACAGCCAUCCACUCUGUCAUCUAGGGGUUUUAAAACACUGAGCAAGACCCACCAGUCCUCCUGUGAUCACUCCACUGCCCCUGAAUACAGAGAGGGAUGAUAAAGAGAGAGGGAGCGGCGUGGGGAGGAGGGAGGCCUGGAAACAACAAGGCACACAGAUGGCUACACCUUGAAUACAGCACCCUAACCCACACUUAAUAAGGGUCAAAGGCCAGAAGGUCAAUUGGGUCCUUGGUCCGAGUUGAAUGACAUCACAAUUCACAUGACAAAAAGAGGUGGCUGUCUUAUUUCCAGAGUUUGGAGGGAUAUCGUUAAAUUGGAGGUAAUCCUCACUCGACCAAAACUAUGGGGUAAACCAGACAUUUAACAUUCGGGUUGUUGUCAAAUGAGCAACAAGAGGUAUGGAAAUCGUUUAAUGCAUAUCUCUAUUCAGUAGGGAUGGUGGGCCUCAGCGAAAAGAAGAAACUAAAUGAGAAUGCCAAUGUCGAAACAAACCACAAAAUAUUGAUGAAAUUAAUUUGAAAAAUGUUUGACUAAUGUGAAAAGUUGGAAAAGAUUUGGAUAGUCUCAUAGUCUUGCUUCAUUCCAUGUGAGAGUCUAUUGAAAAUAUAGCAUGGAUGUAAAUAAACAAAAUACAACUGUAAAUAUUUUUGACACAUUUCAUCAAGAGAAG